AUGCGGAGUGAUGUAAAAAUUGUACAUGGAAAACCACGACAUAGCCAGAGCCAAGGGUCGGUAGAACGUGCUAAUAGAGAUAUUGAAGCAAUCUUAGCUGCAUGGAUGACAGACAACAAUAGUAAAGAUUGGCCAACCGCUCUCAAGUUUAUCCAGUUUCAAAAAAAUCGAGCGUUGAAUUCAGGAAUAGGUCGUUCUCCUUAUAAAGCCAUGUUUGGCUGUCCUGCAAAAAUCGGAUUAGCUUCAAAAAAUAUUCCUUAUGAUGAAAUUUCUAAAUUAAAAUCAGAAGAAGGCGUUGAAAAUAUAUUUAAAAAUCAAAACACCGAAGAACUUGAAGUUGAGGGUGGAGGAAAUCGUGAUAUUAUAGAUUCGAACAAAGAUCAAAUUAAUAAUCAUAGACAAGGGGUCAUAACUAACCUUCAAAAGCAGGUACAAAAAAUGAUGAAGUAUUCUAAUACUAAGUUAACAGAACUUCAAGUAGGAACUACUGUAAGAGUACCUAUACCUGACGUGGAUAGAGCACGUGGCUCACCCCUUAAUCUUUUGGCGGUCAUUGUUUCAUAUGAAGCUGAUAUGUAUACGGAGUAUGGCAUGCUAAAAAAUAGGUUCACUAGAGCACAACUCGUUCCGUGUCCUGAAAAUAUAUUGAAUUAUGAAAAAACAAUCGCGACUGCCGGAGUAAAAGAAAUUACGGUUCGUGAGGCUGCUGGAUAUGGAAUCGCGGGAUCACAAGGCUAUACAAGAUGUAAUACUACUAAUUUGAAUGGUCAUUUAAAAAAUGUACAUGGCAAUAUUUUAUCCCGAAAAGUGAACGCAAAAGUAUGUUCUGUGGAACGUAUUGAAUCGCAAGAACAAAAUGAAACCCACCGGGACGACCCACGACCAUCUACUUCUAAGACAUUAGCCUUCAUUGAUUAG